UCAGAAAAGUAAUCCUUGCAUAUUUUUGUUUGCCAGUAUUCCCAGUGCAAGGACAGGAUUAAAGAGAUGGAGGAAAUCUUUGUUGACCCCACGAAUGAGAGCAGAAAGCGAGACCUGGGAGGGAAGGACCCGUCUCCACCUGAACUGCAGAAGAAGAUUGAACAGCUGGAGGUGGAGCUGGUACAGAAGGAGGAGAAGCUGCUGGAGACAGACAUAAUCUACGAACACGUUGCCCAGCUCACGGACAAGAUCCGUGCCACAGCAGAGAACGGGAAGCAGGGCACUCUGCUGCUAGCAACAAAGAUAAAUGAACUACAGAAGAAAAUAAAAGACAGGACCCAGAAGAUGAUGGCUCUUGUCGCAGAGUUAUCCAUGAAGCAAGCACUUGCCAUUAAACUCCAGCAGGAAAUGAGAGACAGAGAAGAGUUUUUGAUGAUUGUUUCAUCAAGGAUAGAUCAAGGCCUUCCUCCUCCUAAAGAGACAGAGAUUGAAUGGUUGAAGGUUUUACGCAAUGAGAAGAUGCACAAAGAAGCAGCAGAGGCCAGAGCUAGAGCUGCAGAAGAGGAACGAGCUGCAGUGCCUGGCCAUGUCCUCACAACAGCUGAACCACGGCCAACUGCUUACGUCCCAGAUGAUGCAUACAGCCUGCCAGUGCCACGGCCCUAUGGCGCUUUGGCUCCUUUCAAGCCAAGCGAACCUGGUUCAAAUAUGAGACAUUUCAGAAAACCAAUUAUAAAGCCAAUUGAAAUCUGAGAAGACAACACAAGGUGGAAGAGAAGCCCAUACCAGUUGCUGAGGAUCACAAGUCAAUAGCAUUUAGACUACAUGAAAUGCCCAUUAGAGCAUAGCCAACUUCCACACAGCAAACAAAGUAGUACUUAAUGCCAGAAGCACAGCUAAAUACUCAGUGAUACAAGUUCCUUCCUUCUGACUAGGUGGAGUCUGGUAUGCCAAAUGCACUGCAGUAUUUUAAAAUGAGUAAUUAUCAUACUAUGCUUUUGUUUUUUCGGGUAAAGUUUUAUUGCAUCUAUUUUAUAGUACAUUUCAUUAAAAAGAAUAGGGUAGAAGAUCUCUGGUUAUCAAUAGCACAUGAAUGAAGUCUCCACAUAUUACACAAAUGCACCACCCCAGCUUUCCACAGUCCAAGACUGAAAAAAAUUAUUCAACUGACAAAAAUUUAUGUCACUGUUCAAAAUAUGAAAAAGUGCACACCAAAAACCAAACCCACUUCAAUUAUUCAUAAAUAAUAGUUGAAAAUGAGGAGAAAACAACCUCCAGCAGUUCUUCCUGAAGCUGAGUUUUGAACCGUAAUUCUAAAAGUUGGAAGGAAAGAAUUCAGUAAAACUCAUUUCAUGCUGCUGUGAAGGUACAUUUCCAAAGAAUUUUCUUCUUGUCCCACAUUGCAUUCAAUAUAUUAUAAGCAUCUUAAAAAAAACAAACAUAACAUAAAAUCCCUCUCCCAUAUAAUUUAAGGAGACUACAUUUUGUGCUAAUUACAUAGCUGAAUAUAUUAGAAUCCCACUCCAAAGGCAGAAGUACGUAAGACAAUACAUGACCACCACAAGGAGUGAGUAUCAUUAUUGAUGCAUUAUAUACAAAGACUGAUGCCUCAUUUGUUAUUCUUACCUAUUUUACAUCAUCACAUCAAGAAAUGCCUUUAUUAAUCUAAAUGAGUAAAUAGUGGCCAAUUUUUAUUACUGUACAGCUGGACUACCCUUUCCAGCAUUGUCCGUCUCAUUAAAACUGUUGAGAGUAAUAUCAUCUUUCACAGCAUGUUUUGAUACCCACUAGUUCCACUGAUUUGACCACUUCAGACCUGAAACCCCAGAUAUGUUGGAAACCUAGGUCUGCGUCAGAUGCAUUUCUCUACAAUUUACCUAGAGGUCAGUAAUUUCAGCCUUAGUGCACUGGACAAUUGCUACUUUGAGAAGCUGAUGUCAGUAAUGGUGGCUACUCAAAACUGCAGAUUAAUUAGCAAACAACACGACAUUUAAGUUUAAAAAAAAAA